AUGAAUAUAGUAUGUGGCGUUUGCGGAACGCACAGCACUAAAUCAGGAUACUACUGUGGACCAUGCAUCAGCUUUAAAAUUCUGAAACUGAAAUUAAAUAUCACCAAUCUAUGCUAUCUUAACGAGACAUUUGGGUAUGAAAUUGAUAAGGUUCUUCAGGAUUGCAUCAAUGGUUUCAGCUCCAAGGUGCUGAAAAAAUAUCUGGAAGGGGACCUACAGGCUGACGUUGGCUCGAGAGAGAAAUUGAGUCCCUCAACAGAAGCAAUUGCCAGACUUGCCUACAUGCUCCUGGCCGUGGAAAUCUCCCAACUAAAGAAAAAUCUUACGCAGGUUGAUGAGACAUUGAAGCGACAGAGGCUCGCCAACAUGCGUCUGAAAGCCAAAGUGGAAGAGCUGAGGGUUUCCAAGACCGAAAAGUCCCACAUGAUUCAUAGAAAGAAGCAGGAACUGACAGAAAAACAUCAAGAACGUCUCGAACGGAUCCACGCCACCAUAAAAGAAAUUGAAGUAGAUAAGUUGGACAAGACAGCAAGACUAAUUAAACAAUCGGAAAAUCAGCAUUUUCAACAGCUGGUGAAGAUCUCAAGCUACGAGAACAUGAAAGCUGCUAAGAAGUCGGAACUGUCAAAAUCCAAGCUACCAAGCCUAGAAAGGCUGAACUAUAAUAUCAUGAACCUACGAAACAAAGCCACCCCAGGGCCAGUUGGUUUUAGAAAUGCAAUAUUUUUCAGCCCCGUUCUUCCUUUAUCACAAUUCUUGUACUAUACAUCUGAGGUGAUUAUCACUUCCGUCACCAAGGUCGCUCAAUUUGUAUCAUUGUCGUCGAAAUACCUCAACGUUGAUGUGCCGUAUAGGAUUGUAAGGUCGACCCCGUGCCUAUACAUAGUUGAGGACGCAUGCGAGUCGUACGCACUAGCGCUCGGACCGCCCAGCCAAAAUCCCGAGCAAACAAACAGCUUGUUUGAGUCCACUAAUCAGGACUUGACUCGUUUCUGUGGUGCACUAGCCAGAUUGCUUAUCAAUAUGGUGAUCCUUAUCAACGCUACUAAGCAAACGCCGUUACGAUUCGAGAACUUAUUGCACCUCGAUGAGCUUGUGCAGCUUCUUGUUGGAGAAGUGUCUGAUCUCAACUGGACUGUGCAAGAACAGGUUCCUAGCCAACGAGAAGAAAACGAGUCUACACCUCGCAGAUCCAUAUUCAAUUUUUGGAGCAAAAGAAAACGACCUCAUGCUAUCAUACAAGCUUCGCAAGAAAAGGGAAUGGAGAAUAGUUUGCAAGAAGUACUGGAAAUAUCCCUCUACAGUAGCCAACAUUUGGUGGAGUACCUCCAAGACCAAAAAAUCAACAUCCAAUCAAAAAUAGCCAAUAGUAUAAUCGCCCCCUCGCCGUCAGCUUCCACUUCACUUGGAGCCGCAUCACUUUCCGCAAGCAACGGAAGCACCAAUACGCCUACGGUGCCCGAAUGGUCGUCCGAGAUUUCGCCCGUACCUGAUGUUGACUGGCUGUCAUCAAAAUUGCAUGCAUUUUUCGUGACAGAAAUCUUGAAAGUACUCGACAGAGAAACAGGAUCAAGCCAGGUCGCCAAUGGCGGCCUCUCGACUUCUAGCACUUCGACAUACCAGCAGAUUAUUUACAAUUCACAGAAUACUGACUCUGCCGGGUCCCGCUACAAAACAACGCCCUUGUACUCGACAAAUGCGAUCCCUGUCUACCAAUCAGGUAUUCUACCGCCAUCAAGAAGCCGGUUCCAUCACUAUAAGCACUCCAAGCAGACCAAGACAGACAACUGGGAAGUUAUAUAG